GAACAAACUUCCUGCAGGGAGCAAAGGGCGGCCAGGACCACGUCCCUGCCCGAUCACCACCACCUCCUGGGGACGUACGCACAGAGAAGGGACCGCUAACUGGUGGCCACGGGGAGGAGGAGGAGGGCAAGCCCAGGCUGAAGGAGGCGAUGGCGGCCACCACGGUGACCGAUUCUGGGGGUGUGAGGAUCAUCACGGAGGUCAUCCCGCCCACAGACCCCCGAGCAGCCCAGCUGGCUUCUGGUUCCAAGCCACCCGCCUCCACCAUGUUGUCGUUUCAAGUCCAAGGCUUCAGAAAAGCUCAUCCCAAGGCGCUGGGGACCAUCCAUAUCUUCACUGGGAUCGUCCACAUCUGCUUCGGGAUCAUCCUGACGUUGUCAGAGAGAGGGACCUAUUCCAUCCCUGUGGCCAGCGGGGUCCUCUUCUGGCUCGGGCUCCUGCUCCUGCUCUCGGGCUCUCUGCUGGUGGAAAGUGAGAAAAGAGACAACAUCUUGCUGGUGAAGACCUGCUGCGUCAUCAACGUGGGUGUCAUCCUCAGCACGCUGGUGGCCACCCUCCUCCACACCACGGCCAUCACCCGCGACAUCCCCGGCUGCGAGCACAACACGCAGUACCAGCUGAGACCCGACUGGUGCUCGGACAUCGAGAACAAGAUGCUGAGCAACUGGCUGGACUCCAUGUUGGUCAUCUUCUGCCUCCUGGAGUUCUGCACGGCGGUGGCAGCCCUGGCCUUCGGCUACAACGCCGUCAAGCAGCACAACUACACACGGAUGGCGCUGUAGCCACGGCGGAGCCCGCAGCCAUCCCGUUAAGAACCACCGGACGCCCCAGCCCCGCUGCAGCCGAGGUGUUGAGGCCCAGUGGGGCCUCCUCGGUACCGGAUGGUGGAGCCAGAUGGAGCCCAAGGCCCCUCCGUGCCCCCGGGCCUAGGCCUGGCCCUGGGAAGGAGGCCUCUCUCUGAGGGUUUGGCCCCCAAUAAAGGCCUUUACCCCCA